AUGGGCUCGGCAGAUCGCCGGCGGCAGCGCGCGCCAAAGCGCAGCAAACGCAGAGAGAUGCAAGAAAAUAUAAAUGAAUCGAAUGUCGACACAUAUGAAACCUCACAGUAUGAAGCUGAACAGCACGAAGACGACCCAGCAUGGGUCACGACGCAGGAUGUCAAUACGCCAUUUGGAUUUGUGCCGGCGCAGAUGCAAUCGUACUUCAAAGAAAUGAAUGGCCAGCUGACAGAGAAGAUGCAGUCAGAAGAUCCAGAGGAUGCACAAAUGCUGCUGCAAGCAGCGCUAUCAGAAAUGGAUGGCUACGAGCUGGCCCUAGCGACAGAUCCAUCGUGCUCGCUUGUGCUGGAGAACAUGGCAUCCAUGCUGCAGGAAAAGCCAUUGCGCGUGCUUCUUGAUCGUAUGACAGGCAAUUUUACUACUCUUGCGCGUCAUCGAUAUGGAUCGCACGUACUUCAAGCACUAUUCACCGCUAUCCAACGCAUCGUCCAUACGGGAUGCGAAUCUCUUUCAGCACGGACCGAUCAGGGCGUCCUGCGUACAUUGGCUGAAAUUGUGCAUGACAUGUAUGAAGAGAUCGGCCCUUGCUUGAGCGCAAUGAUCUCUGAACCUUUUGCGAGCCAUACGCUGCGUAGCAUAGUGGCGCUUUUGGCUGGUGUGCCGAUGACUCAGUUGACCGACUUGCGAUCGAAGCGCAGCGCAAAGUACCGUUCGAAGGAGCACAGAAAAACCGCCAUGGUCGAAUACGACAAUAAUCUGCUCUCUUCAUCGACGGCGACGAACGAGCCCUUGCACGUCGAUCCAAUGUUCCAUUCUCUUCUUCGCCGACUCUACGACUCUUUACACUCCACACUCACGACAGAACGACUGCAUGCGCUAGUACCGGAGCCAACCGCUGCGCCGACGUUGAGCAUGCUUCUUCAGCUCGAAUCGAGUUUGCCAGACGGGGCCGCGUAUAUGUCCUGGCGUCACGACUCAUUGACAUCGCGUGUGUUGGGGCCGCUUCCUGAGCACGGUGGCUUUAGGACCGAUAUGAUGGAAGCUGCAUUGCGCGAUGCAGUAGCGACGCAUGUCUUGCAAAGUGCAUUGCAAGGAGCAUCACCCACUUCGCUCAUCCAAUUCUGGCGCAUCUACCUCGAAGGCCGCAUCGUGAAGCUCGGAGCUCACCCUUGUGCGAACUUUGUCGUGGCCACUGUGUUGCGUCUCUUGCAUAUUGAUGCUGAUGUUGAUGCUGAUCCUGAUGCUGCCAAAUCGACACCAUUCUCACUCUCUCUUCAAGAGCUUGCUCUUGACGGCGAACAGCUCGUCAAGAAGCAGGUCUGCGGCGUGCUCCAGACGAUUGUCGAGCGAAGCAUCGAGACCGAAGCCUAUGAAGCUCAAGUUAUGCGUGUGAUCAAGAGUGCUUUCCGCUUUGGCAACGACACAUCAUCGUCGUCAGCACCCAGCGCGGAUGUAGUGGCCAAGUUUGUACCUGUCGUGCUGAGUCUACAUACACUUCGUGCUUAUACGCAUUUGAUGCAGGACCAAGACGCACCAACAUCGUCCUCGUCUACCAAACCUUCUGCGCCAGCGAAACGCAAGCGUGGUGACAUCGGAUUUAAUCCUUACACCACACAAGGCAGCGUAUUGCUACAGCGCAUCGCGCAACUUCGUGAACCAAAUCAGACAUGGCUGUACGAAAGUCUAUGCACGGAACCGCUGGGCACUUGGUGCCGUUCAUCCACAGCUGUGCAUGUCGUCUUAGCAGCCCUCACGUCCCGGACUGCUUCAUUUGCCCAGCGGCGCAUGCUGGUUCGUGCGCUUCUUCCUAAGCUGUUGGACCUCUGUGAUGAUGCAUGGGGCAGUCGCGUGGCCGACGCGCUAUGGCUCAGCGCAGAUGGAUUCACGAAAGAAAAAAUUGCUCAGUCAGCUGUCCAGCAUGAAAAGCGCCUGUUGGCGUCAGCGUACGGCCGCUUUUUUGUACGUCGACUUCGUUUAGGCCUGUACAGGAAAGACGUGGACGAAUGGAAGGCUUGGGCCGUCCAUGACCAAACGCUGCGUAACAGCGACCUCAACAGCAAAGAUUCAGAUACACUUGAAUGGUCCGAUAAGUCAACAAGGUCCAGCAUCCAGAAUCCAUUCGUGUUCCUGCGCCACUCUAUGAGAGCACAGCAGCAGCCAUCGAACGUAUCUCAUACGCAUCGCCGUGCAGAAGCCGAGCUGAACCGUAUAUUUUCUCAGGUAGAAGAUGCUACAUGA